AUGGACACGGUGAGAACUCCUACUGACGAGGUGACAUUUACCCAGACUUUACGACGUUUCCAAAGACCCCCUGGGCCAAUGGGGUACUGCAACCCAAUGUAUAUGGCAUUUACAGCUAGGGAAGCGGCAAAUCUCCCCAACUUGGUGGCUCGACACUCAACGAUGAGGAAAUUACGAAAUGGACAUCUCCAUUCCACUUCGACUUCAACGUUAAACAAGACUCAAAUGGAUGACUUCAUCAAGGAUGGUAAUGGUCUCCAUAAGAGAGUAAUAGAAAGAAGGAACGAAGGUAAAUUUGGCAAGAGAGAUGCUAUUUCGCUUUCGAACCCGCUGUAUCCUAUCACUACGAUCUCCGGCCCCUGCGAAACGACAAUUGGGGGGCUCCACAGGCUCUGUUCGGUUUGCCCUGCUGUAACAGACCUGGGUCCAAACAAGAGCCCACGAUACAUCAAUGAACUUUUGUGCGGAGGAGAUGAGUUUUGUGGAAUAGAUGGCGUGCAAGGAAUUUGCCAAAACACCGUUAUUAUUCAGGAUUUUCUGAUGACUACAGAUGACCAAUUGAACGUGUAUUCGCAACCCAUCCGUGCAUGCUGUGAUUGUACUAUAUUUCCGUAA